AUGAUACAAACUUAUAUCCAUGAGCUCAUCGAUGUAUAUAGAUAUAUUGCCCUUAAAGUGAAAAACAUUGGUGCAGAUGGUAUUCAAAUUCACAGCUGCCAUAUGCAUUAUCUCGCACAAUUCCUUUCUCCAGGUGAAAACAAAAUAACAGAUAAAUAUGGUGGUAAUCAUGAAAACAGAUGCAGAAUACACAAUGAGAAAAUCGAAGCAGUUCGUUCUGUUGUCGGAAAUGAUUAUCAUGUAUCUAUCAAGUUAAAUGAUGAUGAUUAUAAGAAAGAUAGAACAAUACCAGAAGAUGCUGCCAAUACAGUUUCACUUCUUAAAGGAAUUGAUACGGUUGAAGUAUCAUGCGGAAGAACACCUGAUGCAAUGUCAAGAUCUCAUUGUUGGAAGACAUUCAAAUGUAUACCAACCUAG